CCCGGGGCGGCCAUGGGGGCGGUGCCGCCCGGGGGCGGUGCGGGCCGGCGCGGGGGGGCUGCGGCUCGGCUCCGGCUCCGGCACCGGCACCCAUAACCAUACCCGUACCCGUACCCGUACCCGUACCCGUACCCAUGCACGGCGCGGAGGAGGCGGCGGCGGGGCCGCGGGUGAAAGCGGCGAGCACGCAGACCGACAGCAUGGCCGGUCAAAUGCCAAGACUUUCUAAGGUCAAUCUUUUUACUUUAUUAAGUCUCUGGAUGGAGCUCUUUCCCUCAGCUGAGCAGCAGAAAAAAUCCCAGGUGAAGAAGAGUGGUCUGGUUGUGGUGAAAAAUAUGAAGAUUAUUGGUCUUCAUUGCUCCAGUACAGACUUGCAUGCUGGCCAGAUUGCACUCAUUAAACAUGGAUCAAGACUUAAAAACUGUGAUCUUUAUUUUUCCAGAAAACCAUGUUCAACGUGUUUAAAAAUGAUUGUAAAUGCCGGGGUGAACAGGAUUUCUUACUGGCCUGGAGAUCCUGAAAUCAGCUUGCAGAACGAGGUAUCCAAUCCAACAAGCACUGAGGAUGCAAAGCUGGAUGCCAAAGCAGUGGAAAGACUGAAAUCAAACAGUCGUGCUCGUGUGUGUGUGUUGCUCCAGCCUUUGGUGUGCUACAUGGUGCAGUUUAUUGAAGAAACUUCCGCCAAGUAUGAUUUUAUUCAGAAAAUAGCAAAAUCACAGCCUGGCUAUAACACUGACUUUUAUACUGCAUGUAGACAAGAAAGAAUAAAAGAGUAUGAAAGUUUAUUUCUAAUUUCCAGUGAGGAAAUGCACAAGCAAAUCUUGAUGACAAUAGGACUGGAGAACCUCUGUGAAAACCCGUACUUCAGCAACCUUAGAGAGAACAUGAAAGAUCUUGUCUUGGUCUUGGCGUCAGUGGCUGCCAGCGUGCCUGCCUUCGGAUGCUUUGGGUUUUACAGGAGUGGAUCCCAACGAGCAAGCGAAGCAGACGAGCAGUGUUUGCCCCAGGACGUGGCGAGGCACUGUAUGAUACAAGCCAGGCUGCUCGCCUAUCGGACAGAGGAUCAUAAAACGGGAGUUGGAGCUAUUAUUUGGGCAGAGGAAAAAUCAAGAGGCUGUGAUGGAACAGGAGCAAUGUAUUUUGUAGGCUGUGGUUACAAUGCCUUUCCUGUUGGAUCCGAAUAUGCUGAUUUUCCACACAUGGAUGAUAAGCAAAAAGAUCGGGAAAUCAGAAAGUUCAGAUACAUUAUCCAUGCGGAGCAGAAUGCCCUGACAUUCAGGUGUCGAGAAAUAAAGCCAGAUGAGAGAAGCAUGAUAUUUGUAACAAAAUGUCCAUGUGAUGAAUGUGUCCCUUUAAUUAAAGGAGCUGGUAUCAAGCAGAUCUAUGCAGGAGAUGAUGAUGCUGGAAAAAAGAAAGCAGAUAUAUCUUAUAUGAAGUUUGGUGAACUUGAGGGUGUAAGCAGAUUUACAUGGCAGUUAAGUCCAUUGCACACUAAUGCAUUUGAAUUCCAUGACCCUACAGCCAGGGAAAAUGGGAUCCAGAAAACCAAAUCGCUGGAUGACCAGCAGCACCAAAGCAAGAAACUGUGUCUUGGUCAUUACUGAAUAAUUAAGCACCUCCUGCAAUCUGGCUUCGUACUUUUUAUACUACAGCCUGUUUGCACUUUCAAAUAAGGAAGAGUUUUAUUUAUUGUUUGGAAAGUGAAUUUUAGAAUAAGUUUAUUUAUGAUGUCUUAAAUGUUUUACAGCAUUACCUGAAGGUCUUUUUAAUUUAGAAGCUCCUGGCGAAAAAAUGCUGCUUGUAUUUUCUGCGAAAGUAACUGGGUGGCUGAUCAUUUUUAACACAUUAAAAAGUUAUACUGAAAGUUCAUUGGUGGUAGAUCAGAAUAAUAAUACAAUGGUGUCUUAUUUGCUUGGGGUAUGGAUUGAGGGAAUGGAUUUAUAAAUUCUGGGCUAGAAAAUGGCAGAAAUAAGCCGUACUUCUUCAAAUACAAUCAUCAAGGGAGUCUUCUAGGAAAUGGUAGGUAAAUAAUCACCAGCAACUAUCUCUGUUCUUGAAAGUGGCUUUUGCUUCUCAGUAUAAUGCACACAAAACCAUUGGGAUAGUCAGUGCUAGCCAAAUGGUUUGGAGACCAAUCUUGUCUCUCAUACACACUUCCUACCAUAGCAGCAGAGCUGUUUAGUUUUGUGGUACUUGCCUUGCUGCGCUGUGUGCUUCCUCACAUGCAGCCCAUCUGAAUUAAUGAAGACAAAGAUUAGCUUUGCUUUUCCUCAGCUUCUGGAGGCAGGCAUAAAAGCAUUUUUCUGUGUGCAUCUCACUGGCACCUACAUACCUGUGAAGAUUGCCAGCGUAGAGGUUUUGUUAAUCUUCACUGAGAAGCUCCUAGGACUACAGAAGCUAAUCAACCACCAGUGUCCUGAUGUUUCUUAGAUAGGAUGAUCUGUACCAGUGGAAUAGCCCAAAUCUUUUCAGGUGCCCGUCUCUUAGAUGACUACCCUACAAGGGUGACAUUGAAACAGCCACUGAAACUGCAGUCUAGUGUUGCUAGUUUUGAAGGGUUGGGUAACGCAUAACCAGAACAAAGAGUUGUGCCCAGAAUCUUUUGAUUCCCAUCUGUUUCCUGCUUUGAAUCUGACCUCUGACUGUUUGUUUUAGCAGAUGUCCGAAGACUUUCUGUUCACUCCUCUGCUGAGCUCUCCAGUGCAAAUACCUUAAAUCUUUUUCUGUUCUUGAUGGUAGGAUAGGUAAACAGCCCUUUCCCAGUUCUUCCAUGCAUCUUGUCUUUGCUGCCCUUCUUAAAGUCCUUAAAGGGGAAUCAUGUCUUAAGAUGCAUCUGUAGGUUGCAGAUUCUUUUUGUUUCUUUUAGGUUUUGGGGAAGCUUGGAACUGGAUAGCAGGGCUGUGACUGGAUAAUCUACACUAUCCAAAUAUGAAUAAAAAGUGUGCCAUAGUCCACCCACUGAAACCUUCUUGUUUCCAUAAUCCAUUGGCAGUGCUCAUCUGCUUGAAGUAGAAGCAAGGAAAAAAACAGGGUCAGAUUUAAGGCCCCUUCAAGUUUUCUGGUAUCAAAAUCAGUGAAAUCUGUACCUUCAUAGGAACAGCUGAAAUUGAAAAGUCCCUUAAAUAUCAUAGGUGGCCUGGGUACCCAGAGAAGUAAAUUAAGUCAAAUAUCAUACACAUUCAAUAACUACACAGCAGUGAAUGAUGCUGCUAUUCUCUGCUUCGGGAGGUGUUAAGAUUCUACCUUUAUUUAUAAUUACUUUUUUAAAAAAAGAAGAUUUUUCUUACAAAACUUUCUGUGAAACUUGGAAUCCCUUGUAAGGCUGAAGGCUUGGAAGCCUGGCUUUAUUUCUGUCUUACUACAUUCUACAGAUUCUUCCAGAGGCUCAAAAAUUUCUGUAGGCUCUGUUUGUCAGUAUAACCCUACCUUAAUUUUUACUGGAAUUAUGAAGUAGGGACUUUAUCUUGACCAACAGGAGCAAUGGAAAUGGGGUUACUUUCUCACCCUAUGGACUCUAUGGACUCUGCCCUGCUUGUCUGCUUACCAGGGAGAACCAUAGAAUAAUGGACAUCUCCUUCAGUGAUUAUUUUGCAAAUCAACUCUAGGAUGGUUGUUUCUUACAUAAAAACUGCAAAGUAUUUACUCAAGAAAUGUAAAAGUUAUAUAUUUUAUACAUUGUAUGAAAUUUCCAUAUGCAUUGUGAGACUCAUUCAUUUCAGAACAAUCAUUUUAAUUGCAGGUACUAACUAUCAGUAAUAAUUUGGCCUCCUGACUGAGAAUUACAGAAUUUCCUCUGUUAACUGUCUGCCUUACAGCAAAACAUGCUUCUUGCUAAUAAAUUAUUCUGACAGUAA